ACCCACUCGCCUGAAGCCACGGCCUUUCCAAGAUUCAAACUUGAAGCGAACCAGUCUCUCUCCUCUCUUCUCCGGAGAUGCUCCUCCAUGAAACAGCUCAAGCAGCUUCAAGCUCAGCUUACCAGCCAUGGACUCCUCUCCGACACCCACACCCACACCCACACCCUCUCCCACCUCAUCUCCUGCUCCCUCACCCCUUCCGGCGACCUCCACCAUGCCCGCCAACUAUUCGACCGCGCUGUCUUCCCCAACCGAUUCAUGUACAACACCUUAAUCCGAGUUUACUCCUACAGCGAUACGGGAAUGGAGUCCGUCGUCUUCCUCCUCCGCCAAAUGAUGGCUCAAGGUUUCUCGCCCAACAACUUCACCUUUCCCUUCGUUCUCAAAUCUGUGGCUAAAAGCCAGGCCUUUGAGGUGGCCCUUCUGCUUCAAUCCAUGAUAAUUAAGACUGGUUUUGCAUCGCAGGUUGUCGUUAUGAACGCUCUCCUCCAUGCUUUUGUAGUUUCCGAACAUGUCUGUUACGCGCACAAGGUGUUUGAUGGAAUUCCUCAGAAGAGCAUUAUUUCAUGGAAUUCCAUGAUUGGUGGCUAUUCUCGGGAGGGUGAUUUCAGGAGCGCAUUUGAGUUGUUUGGAGCUAUGAGGAAUUUGGGUUUAGAGCCUGAUGAAUUCACUGUAGCCAGCCUCUUUUCAGUUUGUUCACAAUCUAUAAAUCUCAAACUGGGUAGAGCUCUGCAUCAUUUCAUCAUCAUGAAUUGCCUCGAAGCUGAUUUGAUUGUAAACAAUGCACUAAUCGACAUGUAUGGCAAGUGCGGAGAACCCGAUUCAGCUCAAAUGUGCUUCGACAUGAUGCCUGUGAGAAAUGCGGUGUCCUGGACUUCGCUUGUCCGAGCCUAUGCGAAGAACGGAUCUCUAGCUCUCGCCAGGUCCUGCUUCGACCAAAUGCGAGAAAAAAGCGCCGUCUCAUGGAAUGCGAUGAUAGACUGUUAUAUUCGCAGCAACGAUGAGCCUCAUGAAGCAUUGGUUCUGUAUGAGCAGAUGAAGCUCUCAGGCAUCGUCCCAAAUGAGGUAACUUUGAUCCAUGUUCUAUCUGCUUGUAGCAAGAUUGGAAAUUUAGUUGUUGGCAAGAGAAUUCAUGAUCACAUAGCUCAAAAUAUCACAAAUCCAAGUCUCAAACUACUGAAUUCUCUCACAGACAUGUAUGCCAAAUGUGGCCAUUUAGACAUCGCCUUAACCCUAUUUAACAUGAUUGAAAAUAAGAAUUUGGUGUCAUGGAAUGUAGUGAUUAGUGCUUUAGCAGCUCAUGGGGUUUCAUUAGAAGCUGUAGAACUUUUUAGAAGCAUGACCAGCCAUGGCUUCCUCCCUGAUGGAAUCACAUUUGUAGGUUUGCUAUCUGCCUGCAGCCAUGGAGGGUUGUUAGAACUCGGCCUCCAUUAUUUUGAAGCCAUGGAUGCUGUCUAUAAGGUUCAGUGUGAAGUUGAACACUAUGCGUGCAUGGUGGAUCUGUUCGGUCGAAGAGGAUUUGUCGGCAGGGCGCUCGAGUUGAUUGGGAGGAUGCCGAUGAAACCCGAUGUUGUUAUAUGGGGUGCUUUGCUUGGAGCUUGUAGGAUCCAUGGUGAUUUGAGGACUGGAUUGAAGGUGAUGAAGCAGGUGCUGGAGUUGGAAGACUAUAGUUCUGGGUUGUUUGUGCUUCUGUCUAAUUUGUUUUGUGAGUUGCAGAGAUGGGAAGAUGUAAGGAGAGUGAGGAAGAUGAUGUGUGGGGGAGGGGUGAAGAAGGUUGAAGGAAGGAGUUUGAUUGAGAUUGGUGGAGACAUUCAUGAGUUUCUUGUGGAGGAUCUCAGGCAUGAGAGAUCAUGCAAUAUUUACUUUGUUGUGGAUCAAUUAACUGAUCAUUUAAUGUGUUUAGCCCCAUUUUCUGAAUCUUUGGAGCCAUUGUGGCUGUAAAAAUAGCAAAUCUUUGUGUUCCUAAUGAGUUUUAUGAUGAAAUUUAUUU